GUCUCGUCAAGAUGGCGGCGCCCACGGACACCGGUUGGUCUGUAACAAUUUCCGUCAUAUAAAAACGCAAAGAGAAACAGGUCCAAAGUUUACCAACAAUGAUCUGCCAGAAUGUUCUCAGGGGUGCUGCCACUAGGUUCUACUGUGGCAUCUCCAGAAAAUCCUUCCCUUGCAAGGUGUUACCUAGGAGAAGAUAUUGUGUUUCACCGUCUGCAUCAUUGUUGAAUGUCGGUAAAGCGGACAGAUUCAACUGCAUCCAUGUGGAUUUAUCUGAAGAUGACUCACUUAACAAUCACGGACACGUUGCUUCGGAGUUGUUCAAUCAGUCUUUAUCAGAAUCCUUAACACAGUGGAUGUCCGAGGGUCGGACUGCCGUAUGGUUGAAAUUCCCCACGACUCACUGUCAUCUGAUCCCGCAGGCCGUCAAGGAGGGGUUCGAUCUCCACCAUGCACAGGACCAACACGUUGUCAUGUCCAAGUGGCUACGACAAGAUUACGGAAGUCGACUCCCGAGAUACGCCUCACAUCAGGUGGGAGUGGCUGGGUUCGUUUUCAAUGAAGAUACUGAGGAAGUCUUAAUGGUGCAAGAUAAACACAGGUUGGUGAGAUGGAAGUUUCCAGGUGGACUCUCUGAGCCAGGUGAAGACAUUCAAGACACAGCUAUGAGAGAAGUUAUGGAGGAAACGGGGCUCAAAACAGAGUUCAAAUCCAUCCUGUCUUUCCGACAGCAGCACAACCAUCCCGGAGCCUUUGGUUGCUCAGACAUCUACGUCGUCUGUCGCCUCUCACCUCUGACCCUCGACAUCAAGAUCUGCCCCACAGAGCUCGACGACGCUCGAUGGAUGAAGGUAGCCGAUAUCACCUCGUCCGAGGAAGGUCAUACUCCGUUAACGAUGCGGAUGAGCAAACUGAUCAUGUGCGGAGUGAGAGAUGGAUUCGACCGGGUUGAUAUAAGCAUCGAUGAACUGCCAUCUGUGUAUCACGGUACCUAUAAACUAUUCCAUAGACCUCUCAGCUUAUAACGUCGCAAGGUACUAUGUAAGUCUUCAGGGAAAUAUUUUUACAAAUUUUACUAGUUUUAUAAUAGAUGUAAAUUGUAAGGUUUCUUUAAGUCCAGUUUGAAAAGUGGGCGGACAAUUAACUUUGCAGCCAAUUGAAACAGGUACUUUAAGAAUGAUAGAUGUGAUUGCGUUGAAUUAUAAAAAAAAAGUGACCCUGCAAUAUUUAAGUUAUGAGACACUCAAUCUUAACAGAUUUUUAUCUGAAUCCAGACUUUUUAUAUUGGUCUUGUGAAGAAAAUCAGACGUUAUUUUUUCCCGAGUAUAAAGAAAUCUUCCUUAAUGGUCUUUGUACUACUCUAGUGCUGCGAAUACUGUUCCCAACGGCUCCUUGGAAUCUAUAAACUCCAGGGGUUACCAAAAGGUAGAAAUGCCAGUCAUUUCAACAUACCUUAGACUUCAUAUCCCAGUUUUAAAUUAAUCUGCCAGCAAUGACUCCCACCCCCUGGGUAUACUUUUUUGGAAAUAAGAUAGUCUGAAUUAAAAUGUCCACUUCCAGAGACCAUUGUUGUAUCAUUCCUUGAACGGGAAUUCUGAUUCCUAAGGAAAUAUUAUCACUCGGCCGUUACAUCCUGACAGCUCCUCCUCUUUCCUAAACAUCUUGUGAUGAAUUCAUUAUCCGUCUUAUCUCAAGACGUUUUUUUCUUGUUAUUGGGGUCGGGAUCUUGAUCUUGCAUGCAUGACUAAUCCAGGUUGUGACUCAAAGACCUUUCCCCAGUGACUGGAAGACAAGUCUAGACGCUUAAUUAAGAACCUCGGCAUUUUUUAUCAGAAAACAUCCCUGUUCGGCACUCCUGAUACAUCCGAAUGUCAUGAGUGUUUUUACAUGAAGAGACAGUUGCUUCCAUUAAAACAGAAGCCAAGUUUAAUUCUGGAGGAUCAAGUACUUUGAAAGUUGCAUGGUAUCUGGGAGUGCUUGACUUUGAGUAAAUUACGGAGCUCUGAUUUGAGAGUGUCUGUGGCAGAUAGAGCAUGAUGGCCACCUUUGAUAAAACUGAACAAUGCAUCAAAGUGUUAACAGGGUACGCCCGUAACUUUGUUAGUUAAAGACAAAAGACAUAAGAAAGUUUAUUACUUUCCAAAAGAGAAAUUACAAAUUGCUAAAACAAAAACUUGUUACCGGCCAAGUUACUGGCCAGCUCGACCAGUUAGGAUGUCAUUUCACUAGUCCAACCCCUAUUUCUCUGCCCCAUUUUUCAAAUGAAAUAGGGAUGCUCUUCAACACUGGGCCCAAUUUCAUAGAGCUGCUUAAGCACAAAAUUUUGC